UUAAUAAACUAGGCAAAUGUUGGCAAAACUUUUUCCGUCUAACCUCCUAAUCUGAUAUGUCACGAAAGCUUAACAUGUCUCUUGUCCGAUAUUUCGCACGUUUAGAAAACUUGGACGACAAAUGGAAAGAAUUAGCGGAGAAAGCUGAAAGGCCACUCGAGGCUCUCGCUAAUCAAGCCGAGCAAUUGCGACAUGUCACAAAUGUAAACAUAAAUGAAACGGAGAAUAGCGUGAAUGGGGAGACGCAGGAAAGAUUGAUAUUCAAAAUUCUUAUGGGUAUCGAAGAUGAAAUUACGCUUCUCCUCGAUAUCUUGAUGCAAUUUAAUGACAACAAUCAAGACUUGAAGAAUUAUUUAAUCAAUUUGGAAAAUGCGAGAAGUCAAGUAUCUCUUAAGGAUGAAACGAUGCAAGAACUAAUUAAGGGAACGUCUUAUCGACCAAAGCUCAAUCUGCUUCUAGAAUGGGCCAUGGAAGGUUUCCAGUUCUAUAAUAAUAUGUAUCUUUCUAUCAGAGACUGCAUGAAAUCGAUUGAUUACAAAAGAGAAGAGACUAUUGAUGAUCUGAUCUCUUCUUUUGUGGAAGACCAACGUGGGAGGCGGAAUAUAAAUAAGAUACUCGCUUUUACGCAGUUCCUUGCUCUUCAAGGAGACUCUUCAUUAAGAAGGUGAAAAUAUAUGAAAGCUCCAGAAGCAUAAAAAAAUCGAACAAAAAAAAAUUAUAUCCUUAUGGAUAUUAUAUUACUUACAUUGAUUAUAACAUAAUUUUUAUUGACAUGUAGAACUAUUUUUAUAAUAAAAUUU